GUUGAACGUUUACGUGUAGCUAGCGGUGCACACUGUGUGAGCGUUUCCGAACAAAAGCCUGAAGACGAACAAAUCAAUAGCAGCAAUCGGCAUUUUAAAACGAAACAAUUGAUUAUCAAAUUGUAGGCCCAGUAAACAUUUGGCUGGUAGUCCUAUCAUCUCCCCAUUGGCGUCGUUCACUGGUACAAGCCACCGGUACAAGCCACAGAUAAAGGCCCAGAAGUUACCCUUCUCUCCAGCUAAGAUGGGAGGAGCUGUGAGCGCUGGGGAGGAUAAUGACGAGUUGAUUGACAACCUGAAGGAGGCACACUACAUCCGUUCGGACCUGGUGGAGCGAGCCUUCAGGGCCAUCGACCGGGCCGACUACUACCUGGAGGAGUACCGUGACAGCGCCUACAAGGACCUGGCCUGGAGGCACGGCAACAUCCACCUCUCAGCACCCUGUAUCUACUCUGAGGUGAUGGAGGCCCUGGACCUGCACCCUGGCCUGUCCUUCCUCAACCUGGGCAGUGGGACGGGGUACCUCAGCACUAUGGUGGGACUCAUACUGGGUCCAUUUGGUGUGAACCAUGGGGUGGAGUUAUAUGCUGAUGUGAUUGAGUAUGCCUACCAGAAGCUAGACUACUUCAUCAAAACCAGCGAAAGCUUUGACAAGUUUGAGUUCUGCGAGCCUUCCUUUGUGGCGGGGAACUGCCUGGAGAUCCCCUCUGAGAGCAGGCAGUAUGACAGGGUGUAUUGUGGGGCGGGGGUGCAGAGAGACCAUGAAGAAUACAUGAUGAACCUGCUGAAGGUGGGGGGUAUUCUGGUACUGCCCCUAGAGGAGAAGCUAACCAAGAUCACGCGUACAGGCCAGAGCAGCUGGGAGACCAAAAAGAUCAUUGCUGUGUCCUUCGCUCCCCUGGUGCUCCCCAAAGAUUACACCAGUAACAUCAAAACAUCAAAGACCGCCCCACUACCCACGUUUGAGGUGCGGACGUUGCAAGAGCUGGCUCGUAUAGCCAUCCGCCACACCCUGAGAGUGACCACGGACAACAGGGGGGGUCAGCAACGAGGCCGGGGCUCUUUUGGAGGAGGCAGGGGCCUGGGGGUCAGUGGGCUGCACAAGUACGGCCCGCGCUUUAAACGUCGGCGCAUUCAUCGGCGCCACUGCAACUCUGUGGUACUGAGCAGUGCCCUCCCUACCUCCGCCCCCCUGGACAACAACAAUAACCGCGGGGGCCAGAAGGAGGAGGAGCAGGGAAGGGCAACCCGGGGAGCGGGAGAGGAGGCUGAGGAGGAGGAAGAAGAGGAGGAGGCAGAGAGGGAGACAGGGGAGCUACUCCGGGCAGAACCACCUAUAAACAUCUUGAGAGAGAGGAUUCUCUGUCUGCCCCUCCCGGAGCCUCUGAAGAUGUACCUGCUGUACUACCGGGAGAAAUGACUUCUCCACAGAUAGAACUAACAGCAGAAAACAACCAAGCAACCAGCCUUGGGCAUCUACAACCCCUGACCCCUACCAUUCUUCUAGGCAGGGCAACAGGCCCCCUGUUACUGACUUACUGACUGGGUCUGUAUCCCUCUUGUCCUCUACAUCAUCCUCUCUCUCUCUCUCUCUCUCUCUCUGUGUUUUUCUUACUCAAUGCCUUUUCUGUAUGUGUAAGAAGCAUACAUAUUUGACCAGUGUAAUGGUAAGAGUUUCACCUCUGUGAUAGAAAGGCUCCCUGGGAAUCUGUAGCUUAGCUUUCUCAAUGGCACAGAUAGCUUUCUCUGACAGCCAAACAGAUCCAUUUAACUCAGAGAGUUGGGUGGGUGUGAGUUUGUGAUCUAUCAUUCUGUGCUGUGAUUGAGCCCUGGACAUAUGGUGUAUGGUGGUGUCUGUUAUCUUGUUGGAAGACUUCUUAUUGGUCGUUACGUGCAGCCACAGGUUCCAGAACAGGUCUUAAAUAAAGCCUUGUGCUUCAUAAAUGGGUGUGGAGCUGGUAGAGCUGCCUGUUGAAGAUGUGUGGGUGUGGAGCUGGUAGAGGUGCCUGUUGAAGAUGUGUGGAGCUGCCUGUUGAAGACGUGUGGGUGUGGAGCUGCCUGUUGAAGACGUGUGGGUGUGGAGCUGGUAGAGGUGCCUGUUGAAGACGUGUGGGUGUAGAGGUGCCUGUUGAAGAUGUGGUAUGUCUGAAACUGUUGACCUACAUUAUGAUGAGUGUGGUUUAGAGACAGAUAUAUCUAAAGUUAUGCUAUUGCUACUCUAUUCUGUUAGCAGGUUGACCUUGGUAGACUGGCAGUGAAGACUAGGCGUGUUUUUGAGAGUCAGCAUUCCAGAGAAUAACUGUAGUCGACACUAUGAUAUGAUUAAGUCCAGAAGACGUUUCAGAUUCAACAUGAUCAUGAGACUAAGGUUGGCAAUGCUUCUUCAAUUGUUAUGACGGAUUCUGCUCAUUUCCAGAUUCAAAAGCACCUACUAGAGAUCAAAUUCUCUUUUUAUGUUUAGUAGAUUUAUUUUCCAAGAGGUCCUAUGAAUAUUUCCUAGCUCGUCCGUGUUGGGACAUUUUUAAUUGUUAAUUCGGGGUGAAAGUCAUUUUAAAUUUGAUUCAUAGGUGGAUUUAAAUUGAGUUGAAUUGCAUUAGCUUCGGAAUUUAUUGGAUAAAGGUGAAAUCGACUCUAACCCUGGCAUGUACGUUUAUCUAAAUAUGUUCAUUUGGUUUACGUCAUAAUCAAUAGUGAAAGGAUCAUGUUUUUUCCCCUACAUACUAGUUGUUUUCCUAUUGGUCGAAAACAGCAUGAUGAUGGGGGGGUAAAAAUGUAAACAAUUUUUUUUUUUACUGGUGCCAAUUAAUUUUGUUGAUGUGUGAAGGGUUGCUUAUCUUUUCUCCUGUCAUUCAAAACGAUUUGUUUAGUUAAUAUACAUUUGAAGUGGAUUUUUGGUGCUCAUCAACACAUGGGACAUUGUGUUUUGUGUGUAAUGCAACAGGAAAAUUAAAAACAGACUAAAAUAUAUAUAUUUUUUUUUAGAUCUUAAUCGCUACAGAUUAGACUGGAUGUUUUACCCUUUUUCGUCUCGACUCAAACUUUCACCCUUCAGUGCCAAACCUACAGUAUGUCGCAUGAAACUUGCAUUCUAGUUAAAAACUAUUCUGAUUUGUCCUUUUUAAUCGAACAUUUGGAAAGAUAAUGCUUUCUCAUUGAUCGAUAAAUAUUUAUAGUGACUUGGCCAGGCAGAUCGCUUUGGUCGUCCGACUGUGUAACAGUACACGUCUUGAGUUGUCGUGUUAAUUCUCAAUAUUGUGGUAGAUGACAAAGGCUUUGAGUCUUUCCCAAUCUGCCUUUUAUUCUGUGCUGUGGGUUAAAGGUCAAAGGUUAUCAUUUUGUGAAUGUAUGUGUUGUACUUCAGCAGUUUUGUAAGGAUGUUUUGGAAUUUGAGCUGUUUCUAUUGAAUGCUGUUGAUAAAAUCCUUUAUGAAAAGUU